GAGAGCGGACAAGUACUUAAAGAAGAGGUUCUCGGCGCUGGAUGUCCAGUUGUAAACUUCUCACUCAACAGAUCGGUUCAGAAAUUUUUUCGAACAAUUAAUUCAAAUUCAGUAUGCCUGUUUACAAGCUUCACUACUUUAACAACCCGCGUCGAGGUCGUGCCGAAUUGUCCCGUCUGAUCUUUAGCCAGGCCGGCGUUCAAUUCGAAGACGUCCGCUUCCCCCACAGCGAAUGGCCGAACAUAAAACCCACUACGCCCUUUAGUCAAGUUCCUAUUCUGGAAGUUGAUGGCCAAGUACUGGCCCAGUCUAACGCCAUUGCUCGCUAUCUGGCCAGAAAAUACGGGCUAGCUGGCAAAGACGAGUGGGAACAGGCUCAGACUGACAUGUACAUUGAAAACAUUCACGACCUGCUAAACGCUGCAGCGGUGCCGUUCAUGGAGAAAGAUCCCGCAAAGCAGAAAGAAUUGUAUCAGAAAUUCAUGACUGACACGAUUGGUUCGCACGUUGUCGCUGUUGAAAAACAAUUGAAAAAGAACAACACCGGAUAUUUGGUUGGGAAGCAGCUAACUGCAGCAGAUUUGGCCUACUACGCUUUCUUUUCGGACUUUAUUGAAGUGAAAUUCGGUGGGGCCUUUUUGAAAGACGCGCCACUUUUAAAAUCACUGAUUGAUCGUGUCAAAGCUUUGCCCAACAUCAAGAAAUGGACUGAAUUUCGAGAUUCAAAAUACCCCGAAGAAAAUUAACAAGAAAUAUUUUUAUACGAGUAGUUAUAACAAAAUAUAAUUAAUCAUAGUAGGCUAUAAUUAAUCCGAUCGGGAAAAUUCCAUCACAGAUUAUUACUUUAAUACAAUACGUGAAAUACAAAACUUACAUAGUU